AUGCGCCAUCAACUGGUACACCAGCAGCAGCAGCAGCAGCAGCAGCAGCAGCAGCAGCAGCAGGAGCAUAUGCUUGUGCAGCAGCAGAUCUGGGCUGGGGGCCUUCACCACGGGAAGAAGCACGAGGCGAGCGGCUUUUGUUACGUCAAUGACUGCGUGCUCGCGGCACUGGAAUUUCUGAGAUAUAAACAUCGUGUGCUGUAUGUAGACGUGGAUAUACACCACGGCGAUGGAGUCGAGGAGGCGUUCUACACUUCCCCUCGAGUCCUGUGCUGCUCGUUCCAUAAGUAUGGCCACUUCUUCCCCGGCACGGGUGCACUGGAAGACAUCGGCAUGGAGGAGGGCCUCGGAUACAGCGUUAAUGUGCCGCUGCACGAGGGGAUCGAUGACGAUAUGUAUUCUUCCCUCUUUGUCCGGGUGAUGGAUCAAAUUAUGGACAUAUACCGCCCUGAAGCUGUCGUUCUUCAGUGUGGAGCGGAUUCAGUUGCGGGCGAUCGGCUCGGCUGCUUCAACUUGUCUCUUGACGGACAUAGUGAAGCCGUACGCUACUUCUGCAAGGCUGGGGUCCCCGCCAUCUUCCUCGGUGGUGGCGGCUAUACCCUGGGAAAUGUACCCAGGUGUUGGGCCAAAGAGACCGGCUACAUUUUGGGGGUUGACCUUGAUCCAAAGAUACCUGACACCUGCGUAUACCGUGGAUAUUACGGGCCAAACUACGAACUCAAAAUCCGCACAACGAAUAUGGAGAAUAGAAACGACGAGAAGUACAUUGAUUCCAUUGUACAGAAGAUAAGCACGACGUUGCGGGAGCACGUCUACCCUAUCGGAGGACAAAUAUCCGCCAAUUUUACGGACGUUGAAAAGGAGACCGGAGUUGUUCUACAGAGCAGCCGCGAAGAAAGCGAUGAUAAGAACGGUGAUGAAGAGGAAGCGGCACAGCACUUUUGCGUUGCCAGCAACCGCGACCGCGCAUAA